GGCAGAGUGCGCUGCGUUUCCGUUUUGCCCAACUCCAUAAACUUAACUUUCACCCGUGUUUGUCUUCCGAUUUCUUGGGACGAAACGAGCUACAAGGUUGAAGUGCAUGGCAUGAAUGGAAAAAUAGAAUCACGCGAUUUCUUAAGUUACGCUGCUCAUGAUUUGGCACUACAAUACACCCACCCACCACUUCAGCGAAGUGGCUUCCGAUUUACUACAACAGGAAUCAUACCAUACAAUUCGCAUAUCUGUUUAGGCGAGUACGAAGCUAUUGAGUCAAUGGUCAUACAAUCAAUCGAAAAAGUAACGUAUAUACUCGAGAAUGGGAAUGGAAAGUCCCUCCCACUUCAUUCCUCAUUUGAAUACAGUUAAAUAAGUUCACAACGAAACAAGCUGCUUUCACUCAAAGUCAAAUUGUUCUUUCCCUGCCACGCAAUCCGCUAUAAAUGUGCUCCAUGCAUGCGACCACGAAACCCACAAUCGAUUUGACCCGCUUACAUGCUUUCUUUGGUUAUUUUACAUGGCUGCAUUAUGUGCUCACACAGCGAUGCUGGUCGCGUAUGGAUUGCGAAUAUUGACUGGUAACACAGGGCGGAAAUGCUUUCACUUUAGGUGCAGAAGAAUUGGUUUUCCAUCAAUGCAAAGGGUAUAAAGAGCGAGAGAGAGCCAAGCUAAAGUGGUUCUUCCCACAAUUCCUCAACAGUGACGGAGUGGAGGAAUAAAGUUAUGUGACGAGACUGGACUGGAAAAGAACAUUUUCAUUUAAAUUAUCAAAAUCUAGGGAUUUUAGGCUGCUCUGCCAUUGCGUCAGUCACGUAUAGGGACUUGAUUACGGCGAUCCACCCGUUUGGUGGUGACGUACUCGUUGGACUGGACAAGAGGGGAACACAACUCUGACUUUUGCCUGAAUUCAACUCGGUUAUGGUUGCCAUUUAACUGAUGAAAUAAAGAUUGGACUACCCAUCGGAGAGAGACAAAUAAUAAUAUGGUCACCCUGAGUCCCAGGGUAUUUAGCAGCAGUGACAGUGCCACCAUGUUCUACGGAAGGAGGGCUUACUCUUCGAAUUCCUAUUUCAAAUCUCGUAUGUCGACUUCUUGUAGUGCGGAUAACGUCUCAGAAUGCAUAGUUCAUCCAAUUUCGACCACUCUGGUGGAAUCUUCAUUGCACAAGAUGCAAAGACCACGAACUUCCAUGACUCGCAACGAGGACGAGAUGAUGUCCAAAGCACGAAUGGAUCUGCUUAAUGCCAAGGACCCCGUUGAAAAGUUAAGACUGCUGUGUCUAAUCCGAGGGUCCAAUGGUAUCCUUGCAAUGGGAAAGAUUUUUAGACGUUUGGACGACGAUGGGAACCGAUCUUUGAAUUUUGAAGAAUUUAGCGAAGGAAUGAAUGACACUGGAAUGAAAAUGAACGCUCAGGAAAAGAAGAAAUUGUUUGACAUUUUUGACAGGGAUCAGAGUGGGUCAAUCAGCAUUAAUGAGUUCCUUCUCACACUGCGACCUCCUCUCAACAGCAAUCGGAGGAAAAUGAUUGAAUUGGCAUUCAGAAAAUUGGACAAAUCGGGUGACGGCGUGGUGACGAUUGACGACUUGAAAAAUGUCUACAGCGUUCGAACCAAUCCACGAUAUUUAAGUGGUGAAGAGACUGAAGCCCAAAUACUUGGACGGUUCUUGAGAGUUUUCGAAGAGAGUGGGACGGUGGACGGAAAGGUAACCUUUGACGAAUUUGUGGAUUAUUAUGCUGGUGUCAGCUCAUCAAUCGACAACGAUGGAUAUUUUGAUUUGAUGAUGAGGAACGCUUGGAAGUUAUAAACAGUUUCGAUUGGAUUUUCCUUGUUUCAAUUUAUCUCGGACUGCCAUAAACGUCUUGAUUGCCCAAGAUCUACUUGAAUUGAACAAGUUUUGUGUUCUUAAUCUGUGUUUAAUUCUAUCCUUGAAAAUAUUAAAAAAUUGUAUCCGUUCAUGUUA